CCCGCGGCGACCGCCCGGGCCCCGGCCCCGGCAAUGUUAGAGGCGCGCUGGGCGGCCGCCGAGCAGACGCCCGGGCUUCGAGCUGCUAGCUCCGGUCUCCCGCCAUGGCCCCCGCUCCGCCCCCCGCCGCCUCCUUCUCGCCCGCCGAGGUCCAGCGGCGCCUGGCGGCCGGCGCCUGCUGGGUCCGCCGCGGGGCCCGCCUCUACGAUCUCACAGGCUUCGCGCGGCACCACCCGGGGGGCGAGCAGCUGCUGCGGGCGCGGGCCGGCCAGGACAUCAGCGCAGACCUGGACGGGCCCCCGCACAGGCACUCGGCCAACGCGCGCCGCUGGCUGGAGCAGUACUACGUGGGCGAGCUGCGCGGGGAGCCGCAGGGUUCCCUGGAGAAAGAGGCUGCAGACUUGGUAGAAACUCAGAAGACAGACCCAGCUCUCGAACCAAGGUUCAAAGUGGUGGAUUGGGACAAGGACCUGGUGGACUGGAAGAAGCCUCUCCUGUGGCAGGUGGGCCACCUGGGAGAGAAGUACGAUGAGUGGGUCCACCAGCCAGUGGCCAGGCCCAUCCGCCUCUUCCACUCAGAUCUCAUCGAGGCCUUGUCCAAGACUGUCUGGUACAGUGUCCCCAUCAUCUGGGUGCCCCUGAUGCUGUACCUCAGCUGGUCCUACUACCAGGCCCUCGCCCGGGGCAACGUCCGGCUCUUCACCUCGUUCACAACAGAGUACUCGGUGGCGGUGCCCGAGUCCGCGUUCCCCGGCCUCUUCGUGCUGGGCAUGUUCCUGUGGAGCCUCAUUGAGUACCUCAUCCACCGCUUCCUGUUCCACAUGAAGCCCCCCAGCGACAGCUACUGCCUCAUCACGCUGCACUUCGUGCUGCACGGCCAGCACCACAAGGCACCCUUCGACGGCUCCCGCCUGGUCUUUCCCCCCGUGCCGGCCUCUCUGGUGAUCGCCUUUUUCUACGUGUUGUUGCGGCUCAUCCUGCCCGAGGCGGUGGGGGGCACGAUGUUCGCUGGGGGCCUCCUGGGCUAUGUCCUCUACGACAUGACCCAUUACUACCUGCACUUUGGCUCACCGAACAAGGGCUCCUACCUGUACAGCAUGAAGGCGCACCACGUCAAGCACCACUUUGCACAUCAGAAGUCAGGCUUCGGCAUCAGCACUAAAUUAUGGGAUUACUUUUUCCACACCCUCAUCCCAGAGGAACCCCAUGCGAAGACACAGUGACAACUCCCAGCACCGCCCCUCACCUGUCCUCAGCCCCGCCCUGGCCCCUGCUCCCCCACCCCCAUCCAAACUCUGCUACAGAGCUUGGCUGGGCCAGGCAGCAUGGCCUUGUCCCACCCUGGGGCUUGGUAGAAGGUGCCAAGGAGACCCUGAGGCCAGACUGCCUUCCUGGCCACCCCGGGAGGGUCACACACGGGCCUGGUCUCCACGCUGGCGGCCUAGCAGGGAGCCCCAGCCCAUGGGACUGUUGGCAGGACCAGCCAAGGGCAGCAGCCCCCAGGGGAAUGAUGGAAACUGACCCCAGAGCCAGCCCCAUGGCCCCCAGCGCCUCAGCACCUCCAGCUCCGUGGGAGCCUGCAGCCCUGUCCACCCCUCCUGCCUUCCUGAGGUCGGCUUGGUGGCCACGAGGCGGAUGAAGACGUCUCACCACGUGCGAUGAUGAAGGAGUCACACCGGAAGGGAUGCGUGACGCCUCCCAGGAACCAGCCCAGGUCCCACGGCAGCCCCUCCACCUGUCCUGCCGACCACAGUAGCCAGCUGUGCCUCCGCUGCCAGGCGCGCAGCACCCACACGGUGCCCUCCCCAGCCUGUGCAAGGGCCGGGGGACUGCUGGUGGGAGCCCUGGCGUCACCAGCUGCUCCCUGCCUCCAGAGCCACAGAGCUGCCCCCACCCAGGGCUGGUCGUGAGGCCCCUCCAUUGGCAGGAGCCCCACCCAGCCUCAGCCACAAGUGGCCUGCACCGGCCCCCACUCAGGACCCUGCCAGCCAGUGCCUCCUGGAGCCACAAGCAGCCUUCAUGGUGCACCUCGUCUCCCGCCCGGCAGAUGAGGUGCCCACCUCUUCUUCUUCGUAACCCAACCUCCCCUUUCCCGAGAGGGCCUUAUUUAUAAUCAACCUAAACGCCAGGUCGCUGGCCCAACCGCCCUUUCUAACCCUCUGUGUUCCGCUUCUGUAAAAAAAAAAAAAAAAAAAUUAUUUGGCCCCGUGUUUUUCCCUUCUCACCCACAAACCAUUACUACUUGAAACUGUAAAAUCUCAACGAACGUGAGGCUAACGAGAAGCAGUGCUUGCGAUCUGUACUGUUUAUGGCGGAGCUAUUUAAAGAUUUUUGAAUAAAUAUCCACAACUACACUUGUGAAAUAAAGAUGUAAAUAAAUUGUAUAUUUUGAAAAAUAAAACAAUGAAAAGAAAUCAA